GUGGGGCAUCGAGGUUCCGGGUGAUGGGGCUGAAGGGACUGGCAGAAAAGGCAGCCCAUAUUUGGCCCCUUGAGAUGCGAGCCCAGGAUUGUUUAAUCAUCUUUCACCAGCCGUGUUCCCCUUCUUGCAAAGGGUUUAAAGUCCGUGUUCUCUGAAGUGUUUGGAAAGGAAGAAGGACAGAGGCUCUUCUGACAGCUUAGCCCCAGGAGGCAUUUAGUGAACUGAGAGCCGGGGCUCCCACCCUAAGUGGGAGGAAACUCAGGUGCUGAAAUCUUUGCCCUCCCACCCGCAGGCUGCUACCAUGAGGUUAAAUCAGAACAUCUUGCUGCUGGGAAAGAAGGUGGUGCUGGUACCCUACACCCCAGAGCAUGUGCCUAGGUAACCAUUCCCCUGACAUGGGGUGCAAGCCAGCUCUCCAAGGUGCAGCGAGGAGGGUACCACGAGUGGAUGAAAUCAGAGGAGCUGCGGCGUUUGACAGCCUCCGAGCCGCUGACCCUGGAGCAGGAGUAUGUGAUGCAGCACAGCUGGCAGGAAGAUGCAGACAAGUGUACCUUCAUCGUGCUGGAUGCAGAGAAGUGGCAGGCCCAGCUAGGCACCAGCGAGGAAAGCUGCAUGGCGGGAGAUGUGAACCUCUUCCUCACGGAUCUAGGGGACCCCACCUUGGGGGAGAUUGAGGUCAUGAUUGCAGAGCCCAGCUGCAGGGGCCAGGGCUUGGGCACCGAGGCCGUCCUCAUGAUGCUGUCUUAUGGAGUGACCAAGCUAGGUCUGACCAAGUUUGAGGCUAAAAUUGGGCAAGGAAAUGAACCGAGCAUCCGGAUGUUCCGAAAGCUUCACUUUGAGCAGGUGGCUGUGAGCAGUGUCUUCCAGGAGGUGACGCUCAGACUGACGAUGAGUGAGCCGGAGCGGCAGUGGCUUCUCGAGCAGACCGGCCACGUGGAAGAGAAGCCCUACAGAGCUGGGGCGUCGGAGCCCCGCUGACAGCCGGCCUUGCGGACCAGCCACCCCGUGUGGAUGGGGGUGUGAGACCAGAGCCCUGCAGCGGGCACACAGGGGGGCCUAUGGGGCAGGCUGCUCUGGCCUUGCUGCGCCUGGGACUCUCCUCUUGGGGCCCUUCGGACUCCGGGCUGGACUUGCCUUGGCCUCCCUCUGGCCGGCCUUGUGGCUGAGCCACUCCAGGGCCAGCCCCUCCUCCUGGCCAAAGCUGGACUCAGACUCUUGGAAUCUGGAGUGGACGGCAUGAAUCCACGGGAAGAGGCAGGGUGGAGGUGGAGACGAGGGGGCGCCUGGUGAAUGGGCAGGACCUCCCUUUCCCCCGGAGGGCCAGAGGGGCCACCGAGGCUCUGCGGGAGUCAAGCGCACUGCACGCAGCUUGCCCUGUUCUCUCAUUGGGCCCGUGUGGAGGUGAGCUGCCAGGAGGGCCGGCCUGCGGCAUCUGGUCCGGCGUCGUAGGGACAGGGGAGGGGUAGCUCGGUCCUGUGUCAUCCAGCAGAAGCGGGUGGGUGUGACCCCGGGAGGUCUGGAAAUAAAUGAGCUCGGCCUUGAA